AUUUGUCUAAUUCCAUUUUCCAGAUCUCAUCAUCCAUACAGUCAAUCCCAUCAUUCAUUUUCCUAAGGUCAAUCUUGUACUUUCACGGCCCUAUACAACUAUUUUCGUAAUUGUGUUUUCAAAUAGGGCUAAUUCUGUAAUUGCAUUUAAUCUGGUCACUAGAAGGUAUGAAAAUGGAUAUUUGUCAGACUUCAAAAACUUCUUCUAUGCUUUUUUUUUCACCCGAUCUUCUAACAAUUUCUCUCUUCUUUUUUUUUUUUUGAAUUUUGGAGCGAAAAUUGUUGGUAAAUGCAAGACAUCCACUUGAUCGAAGGUGGCCGUUUAUUUAACGGCGGCGGCGACGGAGGGGGAGGAGACAGAAAGUUACGAGCACACCACCAAGCACUUAAGUGUCCCCGCUGCGACUCUUUCAACACGAAGUUCUGUUACUACAACAACUACAACCUCUCUCAGCCACGUUAUUUCUGCAAGAACUGCCGUCGUUACUGGACAAAAGGAGGCGUCCUCCGUAACGUCCCCGUUGGCGGUGGUUGCCGCAAAGCCAAACGCUCCAAAACCAAGCCUUCGUCCGAAACCACCGUUUCCGCCACCGCCGUAUCUGCACUGCCACAUCCGGAGCAACAACAACAACGGCAACACCAAAACAGCGAUCAACGUAAAGCGGAUUCUCAUUCUAAUACUGAGAGCUCGAGCCGUAAUGCAGCAAAUUGUAAGGUGGCAGUGACGAACAAUAAUAACAAUAAUAGCAACAGCAACAAUAACAGUUCUUCAGUCGGCACAACGGAGGCGGCGUCGGCAAUUACAUCUUGCUCUACGUUUUAUGGAAACCCUAAUAAUUUAGGGUUGGAGCCAGGAUUGCUAGAACAAGGAUCGGACGGCGGGAUUUUUGCGGAGAUUGGUAGUUUAACGAGCUUGAUUACUUCACCAAACAAUGAAACACUGUCGUUUGAUUUCGGGACUGUAUUAAAUAGGGCAGGGCAGUGGCAACCGCAACAAAUGACGAUGAGCAUGGGAGGGGAGGAAAUCACAAAGGGAUUGCUUGAUCAGACGGUGCAGAUUGAGCAAUCAAAUUUGAAUAUUAAAUUGGAUAGUGUAUUUCAGCCGUUGGAUUGGGAAGGGAAUGAAGAUCAAGGAUUGUUUGGUCUUCCGAGCACCGUUGAUCAAACAUAUUGGAGUCAAAAUCAGUGGACUGAUGAAGAUCGUCCAACUCUCUAUCCCCCGUAAAUUAUUGCUCACUCUUUUUCCUUUUUUUUUUUUUCUUUUUUCACCUUAAGUUAUUCAUUUACUAAAAAUGAAAAAAAGAAAAGAAAAAGAGAGCUCUUGGGAAAAACGAAAAGAAAAUGAGAAAAAAAAAUUCAAAGAAAACCCCAAAGCUUUUUUUUUUUUUUUUUAAAUUUGAAAAGAGUUAUAUUAAUAUAUAUAUGAAUUUGACUUUUUUUCUUGGAUAUUUUUUUCUUUUAAUAUUUAAGUUUUAUUUGGGUGAUUUUGAAAGGUGUUUCCGUUUGAUCUUCUCGAGUUUUUUUCCCUUUUCUUUAGGGAGCUAUUAUUCCCCGUUCUUGUAAAUAUUCUUUUAUUGUUUAAGAUGUGUUGUCAAUUAAAUUAAUCAAAAUUAUUAGUGAAAA